AUGGCAUUCAAUGCCCCGCGGAGGCCCUGCCGCGCGCUCGGACUCCUGCUGCUGGUGGUCCUGGGUUUCCUGGUGCUCCGCAGGCUGCACUGGCCCCGCCUGCUCUCUCCCUGGCUGAGACACCGGCAGUCCGGGCUGCACACCAAGGGCCAGAACUUCAUGCUGGAGGACUCCACCUUCUGGAUCUUCGGGGGCUCCGUGCACUAUUUCCGUGUGCCCAAGGCGUACUGGAGGGACCGCUUGCUGAAGAUGAAAGCCUGUGGCUUGAACACCCUCACCACCUACGUCCCCUGGAACCUCCACGAGCCACAGAGAGGCACAUUUGACUUCUCUGGGAACCUGGAUCUGGAGGCCUUUGUCCGGAUGGCCGCGGAGGUCGGGCUGUGGGUGAUCCUGCGUCCGGGCCCCUACAUCUGCAGCGAGAUCGACCUCGGCGGCCUGCCCAGCUGGCUGCUCCGAGACUCUGGCAUGAGGCUGAGAACGACAUACAAGGGCUUCACCGAAGCAGUGGACCUUUAUUUCGACCACCUGAUGUCCAGGGUGGUGCCGCUCCAGUACAAGCACGGGGGACCCAUCAUCGCUGUGCAGGUGGAGAAUGAGUAUGGCUCCUACAACAAAGACCCCGCCUACCUGCCGUACAUCAAGAAAGCCUUGGAGGACCGAGGGAUUGUGGAGCUGCUCUUGACUUCAGACAACAAGGACGGUCUGAGCAACGGGGUCAUCGACGGAGUGCUGGCCACCAUCAACCUACAGUCGCAACACGACCUGCAGUUACUGACCAUCUUCCUCCUAAGUGUCCAGGGGGUUCAGCCCAAGAUGGUGAUGGAGUACUGGACGGGGUGGUUUGACUCCUGGGGGGGCCCCCACAACAUCCUGGAUGCUUCCGAGGUUUUAAAAACCGUGUCGGCCAUCAUCGACGCCGGCUCUUCCAUCAACCUGUACAUGUUCCACGGAGGCACCAACUUCGGCUUCAUCAACGGAGCCAUGCAUUUCCAUGACUAUAAGUCCGACGUCACCAGCUACGACUAUGACGCGGUGCUGACCGAGGCCGGGGACUACACAGCCAAGUACGUCAAGCUCCGAGAGUUCUUUGGCUCCAUCUCAGGCAGCCCUCUGCCUCCCCCACCCGAACUUCUUCCCAAGACGGCGUAUGAGUCCCUGCGGCCGGCCCUGUACCUGUCGCUGUGGGAUGCCCUCCAGUACAUGGAGCCGCCAACCAUCUCUGAAAAGCCUGUCAACAUGGAGAACCUGCCAGUGAACAAUGGGAAUGGCCAGUCCUUCGGGUACACGCUGUACGAGACAACCAUCGGCUCACCUGGCGUCCUCAGGGGUCUCGUGCGUGACCGGGGACAGGUGUUUGUGAACACAGUGUUCAUUGGCUUCUUGGACUAUGAGCGGAAGGACAUCGUCAUCCCCUUAAUCCAGGGCUACACCCUGCUGAGGAUCCUGGUGGAGAACUGCGGGCGUGUCAACUACGGGCAUAACAUCGAUGAGCAGCGCAAAGGCUUAAUUGGAAAUAUCUACCUGAAUAAUUCUCCCCUGAAAAACUUCAGAAUCUACAGCCUGGACAUGAAAAAGAGCUUCUUUCAGAGAUUCAGCUCCAGCAUGUGGAACCUGGUCCCCGAAACACCUGUGUUCCCCGCUUUCUUCCUGGGCGCCUUGCCUGUGGCCCUUUCCCCCUUGGACACCUUCAUGAAGCUGGAGGGCUGGGAGAAGGGCGUUGUCUUCAUCAAUGGCCAAAACCUGGGGCGCUACUGGAACAUCGGACCCCAGGAGACACUCUACCUCCCGGGGGCCUGGUUGGACCAAGGCAUCAACCAGGUCAUUGUUUUCGAGGAGAGGGCGGCAGGCCCUGUGAUCCAGUUCACCGAGACACCCCACCUGGGCAGGAACCAGUACAUUCACUGAGCCGUGUGGCGGGAAGCGGGGGGCGCCCGUCCUCACGGCUGCCUGGAGGUCUGAUGGGCUGCCCCCCAAGCCCAUGGUGGGGAGCCCAUCGGGAGCGUUUCCUCCGGGAGCCGAGGGCUGUACCUCUGCCCACUGCUGUGGUUCAAGACCCCGAACCUGCUGAAGAAGAGGCGGGGCUGGUCAGGGGGGACGCCCUUCUCACCUGAGGGGGUUCUAGACUGGGCUCCGUGGAUGGUACUGUCCUACUCCCUCUCUCCGGGGAGAGGGCAGAGGGAUGGAUGUCUGGGUUGAGAGUGUCUGGUCGGGUCUCCAUGUGGUGACACCUGGGCCCGGGGAAGGCCUGGCCGGCUGGGCGUGGCUGCUGCACCCAGCUGUGCCCUGCGGAUGUUCUGGCCCGGCCCCCCUCGGGGCCCCUUUCUGAUUCUGAAAUAGAGGCCUUGGCUCCAUCGGUAGAGGAUAGUGAGAGGUGUCUCUCUCCUGAGUCGAUGGUGGUUUCUUUUUUCUU